AUGUUUGUCGUAUUUGGAAAUCAGCAAGUAACUGGACUAUUUGAAAAAUACGCCGAUGGUCCCCUAGGUUUCGACACAUCUAAAAGUGCAGAUAAAUAUGGUGUGGAUUAUUCUGGAGGCUUGCCUGGUCAUAAGAGUAACAAUGCAAGUCUGACUCAUGAGUGUGGAGAAUCAUUGAACCCAAGUGGUUCGGUUCGUGACGGUGGAGACUCGUCGACUCGAAGUGGUGCAAGAAGGAAGAGAGGGCGCAUGAUUUUGGAAGAUGAGGAUCCACUGAUAUACACGGUCACUCAAGCUUUUAAGACUCUUUUAGAUGCAAUCAAGCAGUCAGCAUUGCAGCCACAUCCGGUAAUCCUACCCAACCUAUGGACUGUGAUGAAACAGAUUCCUGCCUUUCAAAGAGAACAUAUAGCACACUACUACGACUACUUGUGUGAGAAUCCAGCCCUCAGCUAUGCCUUUCUAGAUAUGGGACUAGAUGAUCAGAUGGUAUGUGUGUCUAGGUACAUCAAGGCCCAUCUUUUUGAUUGA